AUGACUUUGGAGAUGGGUUCCAUGUGGGUGGUCCUCGUGGCCAUUGGUGCUGCUCUUUUCGUCCUAAGAUCCAUUCUCAAAAAUGUUAAUUGGUGGCUCUAUGAAUCCAAAUUAGGUGUCAAGCAGUACUCUCUGCCACCAGGUGAUAUGGGAUGGCCCUUCAUAGGUAACAUGUGGUCCUUUCUUAGAGCUUUCAAGUCUAAGGAUCCUGACUCCUUCAUCUCUUCCAUUGUAGCCAGAUAUGGAAAUAGUGGAAUAUACAAAGCCUUAAUGUUUGGAAACCCAAGUGUAAUUGUGACAACACCAGAAGGAUGCAAAAGAGUUCUAACAGAUGAUGAAAAUUUUGAACCUGGUUGGCCUCAAUCUACCAUAGAGCUCAUUGGAAAGAACUCAUUCAUUGCAAUGACUUACGAAGAACACAAGCGCCUUCGACGUUUAACAUCGUCUUCCAUCAAUGGCAUGGAAGCAUUGUCUUUGUACUUGAAAUAUAUCGAAGAAAACGUCAUCAUUUCGUUAGAGAAAUGGUCUAACAUGGGACAGAUCGAGUUUUUAACCGAAAUUCGGAAGCUUACUUUUAAAAUCAUUAUGCAUAUUUUUCUUAGUUCAGAAAGUGAACCUGUUAUGGAAGCUUUGGAAAAAGAAUACACAAUACUUAAUCAUGGAGUUAGAGCUAUGCAAAUCAAUGUUCCUGGAUUUGCUUACUAUAAAGCACUCAAGGCUAGGAGAAAUCUAGUUGGCAUAUUUCAAUCUAUUGUUGAUGAUAGAAGAAACAUAAGAAAGGUUUAUUCGCAAAAGAAAGCGAAAGAUAUGAUGGAUUCUCUUGUAGAUGUCGAAGAUGAUAAUGGAAGAAAGUUGAGUGAUGAAGAUAUCAUUGAUAUAAUGUUAAUGUACUUGAAUGCUGGUCAUGAGUCUUCAGGACAUAUUACAAUGUGGGCUACCUAUUUCCUACAAAAACACCCUGAAUAUCUUCAAAAAGCCAAGGAAGAACAAGAAGAAAUAAUAAAGAGGAGACCUUCAACGCAGAAAGGGUUGACACUUAAGGAAAUUCGCGGCAUGGAUUUUCUGUAUAAGGUAAUCGAUGAAACAAUGCGCGUGAUAACAUUUUCAUUGGCGGUUUUUCGAGAGGCGAAAUCCGAUGUCACUAUAAAUGGUUAUACCAUACCAAAAGGUUGGAAAGUGCUUACAUGGUUCAGAUCAGUUCACCUUGAUCCUGAAAUAUAUCCUAAUCCAAAGGAAUUUAAUCCUAAUAGAUGGAAUAAGGAACAUAAAGCAGGGGAAUUUCUUCCCUUUGGAGCAGGAACUAGAUUGUGUCCUGGCAAUGAUCUAGCCAAAAUGGAAAUAGCAGUUUUUCUUCAUCAUUUCACUCUUAAUUACAAGCUUGAACAGCUUAAUCCUAAAUGUCCUAUUAGAUAUUUACCACAUACAAGGCCUAUGGACAAUUGCUUAGGAAGGGUCAAGAAAUGUUGA